AUGAAGGUCACAGUGAAGACCCUCAAGGGGCUUCAAUUCGACGUCAACGUCGAGCCGUCAGACAAGGUGGCGGACGUGAAGGCGAAGAUCUUCGAGAUUCAGGGCGCGGCGUUUCCGCGCGAGCAGCAGCUGCUGAUCCACCAGGGCAAGGUGCUCAAAGACGACUCCACGCUCGCCGAGAGCAGCGUCUCCGAAAAUGGAUUCCUCGUUGUCAUGCUGACAAAGCCUAAACCCGGAGCCGCAGGGGCGUCGUCAUCAGCGCAAGCAGCGCCUGCAGCCACCCCUGCGCCAGCGCCUGCUGCGCCUCCAGCGGCCGCGCCAGCGGCUCCAGCGGCGCAGGCAGCCCCCGCAGCCCCAGCCGAGCCCGCCGCCCCAGCAGCGCCCGCCGCCCCUCCUGCCGCCACCGCCGCACCCGCAGCAGCCGCGGGCGAGCAGGCGGGGAGUGGCGCGGCGACGGAGACCGGGGGGGUGUACGGGCAGGCGGCUUCCGCGCUGCUGGCGGGGCCGCACCUAGAGUCGACGGUGCAGCAGAUUCUGGAGAUGGGCGGCGGAAGCUGGGAGCGCGAGACGGUGCUGCGCGCGCUGCGGGCGGCGUUCAACAACCCGGAGCGCGCCGUGGAGUACCUCUACUCGGGCAUACCAGAGACGGCGGCUCCGCCUGUGGCGCGCGCGCCGCCAGCGGCGGGAGGGGGAGGGGAGGCGGAGGGCAUGGAGGACGUGGCGAUGGAAGGCGGCCCCAACACCGCGCCUCUCAACCUCUUCCCCCAGCCGGGGCAAGGGGGAGCAGCAGCAGGCGCGGAGGGAGCGGCCACUCAGCUGGACUUCCUGCGAAACAAUCCCCGGUUCCAAGAGCUAAGAGCCAUGGUCCAAGCGCGCCCACAGCUGCUGCAGCCCAUGCUACAGGAGCUGGGCAAGCAGAACCCCGAGUUGCUGCAGCUCAUUCAGGCGCACCAGACGGAGUUCCUUCAACUCAUCAACGAGCCGCUCCCGGAAGGUGAGCUGAUGAGUCAGCUGGAGGCGGCAGCAGCGGCGGCAGCAGGGGGGGAGGGCUUGCCGCCAGGCGUGAGAGCAAUCCAAGUCACCCCGGAGGAGCAAGAGGCCAUUGCACGGCUGGAGGCAAUGAGGUUUGACCGUGAUCUGGUGGUGGAGGCCUGCUUUGCUCCAAGCACUCUCGCGCUCACUCACCCCUCUCUGCACAAACCCAUCAUGCUCACUGCCCCAUACCCUGUGCCCCGUGCCCAUACCCUUUCCCCGUGUCCCUUGCAGCUGGAAGCAAUGGGGUUUGACCGCGAUCUGGUGGUGGAGGCAUUCUUCGCGUGCGACAAGAACGAGGAGCUCGCUGCCAACUACCUGCUGGAGCACGGGGCUGAGUUCGACGACUGA